UUGGUGAUUUCCUGUGAAGCAGCGUUAGAGCUUCAGUCCUCAACAUGAACGCUCAUCUCAUCUUCUUCUUUCUCAGCUCCUUGUUGCAGGACGGUCUCACUGAGUCUGUGUUCACUGGACCUGAAGGAGGAUCCAUCACAGUCAGCUGCUCAUUUUUCUUCCCUGGACGAACGAGGCGUUUCUGCAGGAAGUCGUGUGGAGACGGAGACGUCCUGAUUGAGACAGAAGACGUCUCAGCUCAGAGAGGCAGAUACAGCAUCGAAUAUGAAAAAGCAUCUGAUCUACUGUCUAAUUCAUUUGUUCAUGUGACAAUAAAACAGCUGAGGAAGUCCGACUCUGGAAAGUACACGUGUGGUUUGAAGAGAACUCUUCAUCCAGAGGGAAAUGAAAGGAUUGAGAUCAUCGUCACAGACGCUUCACCUUCUUCGACACCAAACUGGCCAGUGGAACCUUCUCCAACAUCUCUCCCAGCAGCCACAGCCACAGCUCCCACUUCCAGCUCUCCUGAAACCAGUGAGCAGUCAUCUGCUCCCACCUCAAGCUCUCCUGAAACCAGUGAGCAGUCAUCUGCUCCUCAGGUACCUCAGGUGCAGAUGACUACCGGUGAGAAGAUCGUAGCUCAUCUGCUGAAUGUGAGCUUCAUCUUCAUCCUCAUCAUCACACUCUCAGUGACUGUGAUGGCUUUCUGCAGGAUCAGAACCAGUAAACACACAGGGUGAAGUCGACUCCAUCACGUGCACCGACACUGAGGUGGGGCCUCACCUCAGUGACUCACUCCACAGCGCCCCCUAUAGACAUGUGGACACUGUGUCAGUGAAGAAGCUUCAUGUUCUCUGUUCUACACUUAUUAAUAAACUUUGUAUCUAUUCAUGUG